AUGGAUUAUUACAUGUCAGCAUCGGCACAAAAUAUUCCUGUGGACAUAAUACGCCUUGAGCUGGAUGGCGAAAACAUACCUUCAUAUCGAGAAAUCGAUGGAAGGAUCUUUCUGGAUCUUAACAACUCCGUAAAGGUUCAAAACAUUACACUGGUUGUGGCCAAGAGCAUGAACAUUACAUCUACAAACGGCAAAAUUCAAGUGAUAAAUCGGGGAAUCGAACGGAUUCGCCAUUUGGCACCAACGGCAACUACCCAAUCUAGAGGCGGUUACUAUGGUUACAACAAUGCCCACAACUCUGAGGCUGGGGAUGUAGGUUCUCCAAAAUCAAUCACUACCAUCAACCCUAUCACGGAUGUGGUGACCCUUGGAACCGGGGAGCAUGCAAUUCCUUUCACACUCUGGGUUCCCAAAACAGAAAUGCCUUCGUUUACCUACGUCAAUCCGGCCAACGGAACAGUCAUCGUUAAUUGUUAUGCGUUGUACGCGGAGAUCACCAUAAACGGAAAGACCUACAGAACAGACGCCAUUUCCAUCUGGGUGCCCGCGAUCGGUAGAACAUCGGCGGGACUUGGUUUUUCAAACGGAGACAGAGAAAUGGCCAUUGAAAAGAAGUUUGUUACUCGUGAUGCACCGAUUCGAGCUGUGUUUGGGGACACGACUUCUGAAGUGAAAAAGGUGAGAGCGAGAGUUGUCGCCCGGAUCCAGUAUCACCCUGCGAGGUUGCAGGAGUCAGUUGAAAUCAUCCCGUGGACCUCACUGAAACGAAAGUCUGGAGCCAAAUCGGAUGUGCUCGAGAGUUACAACAGCGACAAUUACAACCAAAAAUUGGCCGGUGAUUGGAAGCAUUACUGGGAGUCCACGACAUUCCAACUUGGAUCAUCGCUCCCACCGACAGUAAACUUGCAUAACUUCCGCCUGGAAUAUUUACUGCAGGUGCUUGAUGAUGGAGACACAGUCUAUGAGGCGCCAGUCAUUCUUGUGGAUGAGCUGUCCGACGAGGAAAUCACACCGCCACAGAUAAGUGCAGACAUGCUUCGGAAAUCCGCUUUCUCCGUCCAAUAA